CUGAACCCGACAUAUGGACCCUGAAGGACUUUAGGCCUUGUCCCAUGCCCAGGGGUGUCUCGUCUAUCUUUAUCCGCCACGGAAAACCUAAACCCCCGAGUCUUCCCAAGGUUCACGCCCCUAGAAUGGCAGGUAUCGGUACAUUUGUGCUCUCUGACCUAACUCCUCGCCGGCAGACCCAUCCACGACCAGAUAGCCAAUCUCACACCUCAUGACCUCACUAAAACACUCCACCGUCCUCGUAAACGGCUCACCCCUACUCGGCAGCUUUCCCUGUCCAACGGCAUUUGCUUUAAUCUACAUGCGUGAGGAGCCAUGUCAGGGCGAGCGCAUCAGACAAGCUCUCGUUCAAGUACAUGUUGUAUUAUUCGCACUGGAUUCUAUGUGGCUCAGAAUCCUUCUAACACCUGGCUGGUAUCUCUUUUCUUAUCAGCGUAAUUGGACUGCGGACACCGAAAUUGACGAUCUUAUGAUGGUGGCGCAUUCAGCCUCAAGCCACUCAGCGCCAUCGACUCCAGCCUCGCCAACCAGACUCCAGACCACACCUCCCGAAGCUCGACCGUACCAGUGGCAUGCUAAUUGCGCCAUAAUCUUCAUCUUAUAUCAGGAGAAUAUUACAUAUCUAGAACGCAUUCUUGCACGCGGUCCGAAGUCGAUCCUCUUAUAUCGCGUGUUCCUAUGCCACAGCCCUCAAGCGAAAGGCAUUUGCGUAUGAGUGAUAACCUGCUCCUCUCACGACGCCUCAGCCUAGUCAAGUCACCCCAUCCCAUAUAGAACUAUAUAACCCUCCGAAAAGU